AUGGAGAUGGGUUCUGAUGGAGAAGAUCAGAUCAGGAGCAGCGUUGGUGGUGAUGGUAGUAAUAAGAAGAAGAAGAUGAAGAUUGAUGAUUCUAGAGACGCUCUCUCUAAGCCUAAGCGCCAGAUGAAGACUCCUUUUCAGCUUGAAACCUUGGAGAAAGUUUAUUCAGAGGAGACGUAUCCGUCGGAGGCAACGAGGGCAGAGUUGUCGGAGAAAUUGGAUUUGUCAGAUCGGCAGUUACAGAUGUGGUUUUGCCACAGGCGGCUAAAGGACAAGAAGGACGGCCAGGUUAAGAAACCGGCCAAACCAGCGCCGGUUCAACCGGCUGCUCUGUCUUCGGUUAACGAGAUGUUACCGGCUGCUGAACCGGAUUCCAGAUCUGGUUCCGGUUCCGGGUCGGGCUGCAGCCCGUAUUCGGAGUCGAGGAGGAAUUUUGCGAGCGGUAGCAGCAGCUCUCGAGCUGAAUUGGAUGAGUACGAGACAAUGGGGAAGCCCGGUUACGAGUCACGGUUGUCUGUAAUGGUUCGGAGAGCUAUCGUCUGCAUCGAGGCUCAGUUAGGAGAGCCGUUGAGAGACGAUGGACCGAUUCUUGGCAUGGAGUUUGAAUCACUGCCUCCUGGUGCAUUUGGAACUCCUAUAGCAAUGCAGAAGCACCAAGGUCAUCCAUAUGAGAGCAAAAUGUAUGAGCCACAUGAGGCCCGACCUCGAAGAGGUGCCAACUCUUUCCAUGAGCAACAGUCUCUGGAUGAUCCGUCUUCUUUUACACCUGAGAUGUAUGGACGAUACUCUGGUGGUAUGGACUAUGAAAUGAAACGUUCUAGGAGUUCGUCGUUUAUGCAAGGGAACGGGCCAAGGUCCUAUGGAAAUGCGUCUCAGCAAGACAUGGCUAGCCCCAUUGCUCCAUCACCUCAUGGCGAUAGUUUCUUGCUGGAGAGAGACUCGUCAGGCUUGAGGGCAGAAGAUCCUUAUUUGUUGACUGACGGGGUGCGUAUGAGUAAUGAUGUGCAUAGGAAGGGAAAGGCAAACGAUGGUAGGCUUGGUAGAGGGAGUGUACCAAAUGAGAAACUAGACAUUCAGAGGAAAAAGAAUGAAGAACGGAUGAGAAAAGAGAUGGAAAGGCAUGAGCGUGAGAGGCGUAAAGAAGAAGAGAGGUUGAUGCGUGAGAGAAUAAAAGAAGAGGAGAGGUUACAGCGUGAACAGAAGCGUGAAAUGGAGAGAAGAGAAAAGUUCUUACAGAGAGAAUAUGAACGGGCGGAGAAGAAGAAGCAAAAAGAAGAGAUUCGUCAGGAGAAAGACGCUAUUAGACGCAAGAUUGCCAUUGAGAAGGCAACUGCACGCAGAAUUGCUAAGGAGUCUAUGGAUCUAAUUGAAGAUGAACAGCUAGAGCUGAUGGAGUUGGCUGCUACGAGUAAAGGAUUGCCCUCGGUGUUACAGCUUGACCACGACACAUUGCAAAACCUUGAACUGUACAGAGAUUCUCUGAGCACAUUUCCACCAAAGGAUUUGCAACUGAAAAUGCCGUUUGCCAUUUCUCCAUGGAAGGAUUCCGAGGAAAAUGUUGGAAACCUUCUUAUGAUUUGGAGAUUCCUAACAUCAUUUUCUGAUGUUCUUGACCUAUGGCCUUUUACCCUGGAUGAGUUUAUUCAGGCUUUUCAUGACUAUGACUCGAGGUUGCUAGGGGAGAUACAUGUUUCUCUUCUGAGAUCAAUAAUAAGAGAUAUCGAAGAUGUUGCUAGAACACCUUUUUCUGGAAUUGGAAAUAACCAAUAUACUACAGCCAAUCCUGAGGGUGGCCAUCCGCAGAUAGUUGAAGGGGCUUAUGCAUGGGGCUUUGACAUUCAUAGCUGGAAAAAGCAUUUGAACCCACUAACAUGGCCUGAAAUUAUGCGACAAUUGGCACUCUCUACUGGAUUUGGCCCUAAGCUGAAGAAAAACAAUUCCCGUUUGACUCAUGCUGGUGACAAGGAUGAGGCUAAAGGUUGUAAAGAUAUCAUUUCUACUAUUCGCAGUGGCUCAGCAGCUGAAAGUGCUUUUGCAGCAAUGCGGGAGAAAGGGUUGCUAGCUCCACGCAAGUCGAGGCAUCGGUUGACACCUGGAACUGUCAAAUUUGCAGCCUUUCAUGUUCUCUCUCUUGAGGGAAGCAAGGGACUGACAGUAUUAGAACUUGCCGAUAAGAUUCAGAAAUCCGGACUUAGGGACCUGACAACAAGCAAGACGCCAGAGGCUUCUAUCUCUGUUGCAUUGACAAGAGAUGUGAAGCUCUUUGAAAGAAUAGCUCCUUCGACUUAUUGUGUACGAGCUCCUUAUGUGAAGGAUCCUGAGGAUGGAGAGGCAAUACUCGCAGAUGCUAGGAAGAAGAUAAGGGCAUUUGAAAAUGGAUUUGUAGGUCCAGAAGAUGUGAGUGAUCUUCUCGAAAGGGAUGAAGACUUUGAGGGUGAGAUUGAUGAGGAUCCCGAGGUUGACGAUAUAGUCGCUUUGGCAAGUGCAUCAAAAAGUGCUGAUCUUGGUGAAGCGAAUAUUUUGUCUGGAAAGGAGGGAGAUACAAUGCUCUGUGACGUUAAAGCAGAUGUAAAGAUUGAGAUUGAGAAGGAGGCUUCUACUCCUCCUCCAAGCAGUAUGAAGAGCAUCGUUCCACAAUGCCAUAGUGAGCGGGAUAAAGAUACAACAGUUUGCUGCGUGGAUAAUAAGAAUGCUGUGGUUGAUGAAAGCAACCAGGGUCAAUCAUGGGUUCAAGGUCUUACAGAAGGGGAUUACUGUCAUCUAAGUGUUGAAGAGCGCCUUAAUGCUCUUGUUGCUUUAGUCGGCAUUGCCAAUGAAGGAAAUUCUGUCAGAGCUGCUCUUGAGGAUCGUAUGGAAGCAGCAAAUACUCUUAAAAAGCAAAUGUGGGCUGAAGCACAGUUAGAUAACAGCUCCAUGAGAGAUGUACUUAACCUUGAUUUUCUAAACUCAGCAAGUACCAAAACCGAAUCAUCGAUGGGUCUACAAAUCGUCCAAAGCUCUACUCGUGAGAGAGAUGGUUUCGACAGAGACCCUUCCCAACUCAUAGAUGAAACGAAGCCCAUGGAAGUUGUUUCGAAUGAUCUUCAUAAAUCGUCUUCUGAGAGAGCGUUACUAGUUCAGGAGGCCAGUCUAAGUCAAGAAAACUGUUCUUCCCAACAUGGAUAUGCUUCAAAGAGAUCACGCUCGCAGUUAAAAUCAUAUAUAAGCCACAAAGCAGAAGAGGUGUAUCCAUACCGAUCUUUGCCCCUUGGACAAGAUCGUCGUCACAAUCGUUACUGGCAUUUUGCUGCAUCAGCAACUAAAAGUGAUCCUUCCUCGGGGCUUUUAUUUGUUGAGCUCCAUGAUGGCAGGUGGCGGCUCAUUGAUUCAGAAGAGGCUUUUGACACUCUGGUUGCAUCGCUGGAUAUGCGUGGGAUUAGAGAAUCUCAUUUACGCAUAAUGUUGCAGAAGAUCGAGGGAUCGUUCAAAGAGUAUGCUUGUUCUGUGAGUCCGUCCAGUGCUGUAUCAGGGUCAAACUCUGAGUCAAUGGAAACUUCAACAUCUAUUAGAGUCGAGUUAGGGAGAAACGACACGGAGAAGGAGAAUAUAUCAAAACGGUUCCAUGGUUUCCAGAGAUGGAUGUGGACCGAGGCGUACAGUUCACUACCUUCAUGUGCUAGGAAAUACGGGAAGAAGAGAAGCGAACUGUUGGCAACAUGUGAACUGUGUGUUGCAUCUUAUUUGUCUGAGCAUACCCACUGCACUUCUUGUCACGAGAGAUUGGACAUGGUUGAUAGUACCGAGAGAAAGAUGUUAGAUUCAGGUUUCACAUCGUCUCCUCUUCCUUUUGGAGUCAGGUUGCUCAAAGCGCUAUUUGUUUUUCUUGAGGCAUCUGUUCCAGAUGAAGCUCUUGAAUCAUUUUGGACAGCGGACAAGAGAAAAAACUGGGGGUUUAGGUUGAAUGCUUCAUCAUCACCUGAAGAACUUUUGCAGGUGUUGACUUCCUUGGAGAGUGCAAUCAAGAAAGAAUCUUUGUCAUCCAAUUUUGUGUCGGCAAAGGAGCUCUUAGGAGCUGAUGAUCCGGGAUCAGUGGACGUUCUUCCAUGGAUACCAAAGACGGUAUCAGCGGUUGCUUUGAGACUUUCAGACCUUGACGCGUCCAUACAUUAUGUGAAGCCAGAGAAACCUGAGCUAAUCCCUGAAGAUGAGAACGAGCAGAUGAGCUUUGUCCCUGUAAACUCUCUUAUCAAAGGCAAAGGACCCAGAGAGCAAGAAGACCAAGACGAGGUUGUUCCAAACUCGGGUAACAAACGCAAACGUGCACGAGUAACUUUCGGAUCUGCAACAAACAGAAAGGUGAAGAGGAAGAAAGUGCCAGGCGUUCCCGUAUUUUACGCUGGUAAGAAAAAUGUUCCAGUCGAUAUGAGCGUUGAGUUGAACCACCAAGUCCCUGGAAGAGGGAAGAGGACGGUUAGAAAAAGACCAGAGAGGAUCGAUGAGGACUAUGACCGCCUAGUCAGCAGAAGGGCUGCCAUUGUUAGGCCUAAAAGCGAGGACGAAGAAGAGGAAGAAGAAGAAGAGCAACCAUACAGGGACAUGGAUGAAGACUGGGCCAAUAUAACACAUAACAGAGUGAUGACGCCGAUGCAAGUGGAUGAUGAAAGUGAUAACAGUGUGGCAGUUGAGUCAGAGGAUGAUGAUGAUGGUGAUGGUCAGUUUGUGGACUACAACAGGCAGAGAAACAAAUGGGGAUUAGAUUGGAGGAAUAGUAACCGAAAUGAAGCCAUGGAGGUUGAGGAGGAAGAAGAAGAAGAAGAAGCCGUUGGGGUUGAGAGGGUCCAAAGAGAAGAAGUGGCAGAAAUGAGUGAGAGCUCUGAGGAUGAUGAUGGGGUACCUCCUAAUAAUGCAGCAAACAAUUACGACAGAGAAUCAGAAGAUUACAGCAGCAGCAGCGAUUCGUGA